UGUCAGGUAUAAUUAGCAAUCGAUAUGGAAAACGUUUCCUGCAAAGCCACGUCUCUGACGUCACAACCGAUUAAGGUUUCUUAUUGGUCCCAAAUUCCCCAAGCCUGAGCUAAUUAUUGGAAGCUUGAUGUUGAUAAAGUAAUGCUCAUCCUGUGCUGGUGGCAUGUCCCCUCCUCACUGGUCACUGCAUGCUUACUAGGGUCCCACCACCACCAGCAGCAGCAGCAGCAGCAGCCCUUCAGCUGUGGCAGCUCUAUCCAGGGAGAUGAUGGACAGUAGGCUCCUAGAGCAUCCUCAUGCCCAGUUUGGAGGCUCCAUGAGUGGCAUGGUUGGCUUCCCUUACCCCCUCGGCCACCACCAUGUGUACGAGUUAGCCAGUCACCAGCUGCAGUCCGCGGCCGCCGUGCCCUUCUCCAUAGACGGAUUACUCAAUGGGUCCUGCUCUGCAUCUGUGGUCAACCCGACCCCCCUGCUCCCCUCUGGAUGUGGGAUGAAUGGAGACAGUCAGCAGUACAAGUUAUCAGACUCCAGUGACCCGGAUAAGGAGAGCCCAGGGUGCAAAAGGAGGAGAACCAGGACCAAUUUUACUGGAUGGCAACUGGAGGAGCUGGAGAAAGCCUUCAAUGAAAGCCACUACCCAGAUGUGUUCAUGAGAGAAGCCCUGGCACUGAGACUGGAUCUGGUGGAAUCGAGAGUUCAGGUUUGGUUCCAAAAUCGCAGAGCAAAGUGGAGAAAGAAAGAGAACACCAAGAAAGGGCCUGGAAGGCCGGCCCAUAACUCCCACCCGACCACCUGCAGUGGGGAGCCCAUGGACCCCGAGGAAAUAGCCAGGAAGGAGCUGGAGAAGAUGGAGAAGAAGAAGAGGAAGCAGGAGAAGAAGCUGCUGAGGAGCCAGUCCCGUCACCAGCACUCCCCAUCCAUGUCCCUCCACACCCCAAGUUCUGACAGUGACAGUGGUCUCUCCCAGACUCAGGACUCCAUGGAGCCCACUCUACCAGACACCAGGAACCAAACGCCAAGCUGUGACCCAACAGGACAAGCCUUCUACCAAAGAAACACAGGACAAAAAGACAGGGUGAACGACAAAGACUCAUCUCCAGAGGCCCACCACAACUCAGGCUUGUGUUCUAAUGGAAGGGGGUCUGCCUUCCAGAAACUUAACCCCUUCAGUGUGGAAAGUUUACUGUCAGACUCCCCUCCCAGGAGGAAAGCAGGGGUGGACUACCCGAGUCUGUCUGGGCCCAGGACCUUGAUUGGCAAGGGUCACUUUCUCCUCUACCCCAUCACCCAACCUCUUGGCUUCAUUGUGCCACAGACUUCUAUUAAAAACAGUUCAGCCCAGGAAACUAAUCCAAACUUGGGUCAAAGAGACUCGAAUCACAACAAUACCAACUCAAGUCAACCCAAUCAGAGUACCUCCCCGAAACACACACAGCUGUACCCCGGGAACAGUACGAACUCCACACAGACCAACCUCCCCAUAUGCAAGACUGAAGGUCUUGUCCCGAUGGGGGUUUCUCCUUGCCAUGCCCAGGCUUCUUCAGGGGACACAGGGACUGGUCAGCCGCAGGACAGCACUUUUUCAGAACCAAAGUCUCCUAUGUCUCCAACCUCUGGAGAACCCCAACCCAGAGACACAUCAGACUGUCCAGACCCCGCACCCCUUUCCUGCACCCCCAAACCAAGCAUAGACUGUGAAGACGUAGACAUGGAUUAACCCCCACCCCCCCUUCACUAUAACAACAACCCCUCAAAGACUCUACAGACUUCGGUACAUUCCCAAAGCUGAACCCACAAAUCACAAACGGUUCUGUCCUCACCCUGUAGAACAAACCUUUAAGAAUCAGGUGCAAUUCUAUCUUAUUUAGCACAGUUUAACUUUAUAGGAAUAAUAAUAAUAAUAAUAAUAAAAAAGCUGUAAUAAAUAAAAAUAAUAAUAAUACUAAAAAUAAUAAUAACAACAACAACAACAACAACAAUAAAUCCAAAACAGACCGUAAAAAGCAACGAGAAUCCUCAGUCUUGUAAAAUGCAGAAAUGUAUAAAAAAAUAUUUAUAUAAAUAUAUAUAUGUAAAACUUUUUUUUUUGUUUU